AUUUUUUGUUGUACGACAAUCGGCAAAGUAGUAAACGCGAGGAAGUAGUCUAACAUCUUCCUUUCUUUGGCUGCAUAUAAUCGAACCAUCAAAUUCACGUUAGCAACGUGCCUCCAAGACAACGAGCAACUGAUUUAUUCGCGCCUUAAUAAGGAUUGUUGUCUUACGUAGUACAAUAGCAAUAAUUUUAUGCAGGAUUAUGUCAGGAAUCGCAAGUGCAACUGGCCUCUUAGAAGCACGCAUUCGACCAACCCAUCGGCCUAAACCAAAGCACGUGGAAUUGACAGGUUUCACCAAACCAGCGCCUUUUAUUCUUAGACCUUUCUCUGGCCUUUUUAAUCCUUAUCCUUAUGGAUGUUCUAUAUUGUGUAAUCACCCAGCAGAUUGUGAAGCGAAAGAAGUUCUCAGACGUGCCAAAGAUACAUGGGCAACGGAAGGGAAGGCUUUAUUAUUACCAGAAGAAAUGGAUAUGAUUAGAGCCAGUUUGGUAGCUACAUGCAGUGCUACCGAUGUAGGUGGGAAUACUGGAAAUGAAGUGACUAAUGAUGCUCCUACUGUCCCUGAGGAAUUGUUUCGAAAAUAUACCGAGACUGACUCAAGACCUUUGACCCCCACACCCACGCUCGCUAGCGGCCCUGCUUUGACAAAUCGACCGAUUCAGGAAGAACAUCCGGUGACCUGCGAUCUACGUGAACGUAUUACGUUAAUUCUAGAUCUUAGAACCAACUCACAAAAGCAAAUGGAAAAUGAAACGUUCUCUUGGCACGCGUUGACUUUAGAACCACCGCCCACUUACCGAAAAAGUGAAAUUUUUGUACCUAAACCCAGUUCAAGACGUACGAUGCGUACACCGAAUCCAGGGGAUAUUCCAGAUACAUUUACAAAUAUAGAUGAUGAAUUGAAUUCCAGUGGAUACGUGGAAGAAGAAAAAAUUGAAAAGCCAACUAAAGAAGUUACAGUAACUCGCAGAAGAGGAAGACGAUUACGUAAAGGGAAAUGCAGAAGAGGAUCAGGCUAUGGACAACAAACAGAAGUUCGUGAUUUAUUUGAACCAACUGAUACUCAAAUCUCGCAUAUAGGCGAUGGAUCUAGAAGAACGUCGAUUCAUACAAACAACGGGGAUGUAGAGAAUUUGGCAACCACCCCUAAGAAGAUCUCUGCAACGAAUAAUAUGCCUUCUAUGAUAUUUCCUAGUUUCAUUGAUCCAGAUAUAUUAAAGCAUUUGUGCAGAGAAUUAGACAGUGACAAAGUGGAAGCAGAGUUUUCCGUUAGGAGAAAAAUCGCAUUCGAAGAAGCUCUGCGGGUAAGAGGUGAACAUUAUUCGCACUCUAGACGAUCUCAAAUAUUUUCAAACCCUGCGCUAGUUGAUACACCGCGCGUAUUUUCCCGCCAAGCAGCUCGUUUUGAAAUUCUCGGCAGUGAAAGUUUACACGGGUUAACAGUAUUGGGAUAUCUAAAUAAACACGUCUUUGUCACUUCGGGAAGAAAGUUGAUUUUCAGAAGAGUUUUCAACAAAUUCCAAGAAGAUACGAUGGGAAAUACUAAAUGCAUUUUACCAAGCAUUAUUCUUGAAGCUCUUCAGGAUAUGAUCGGAAAACCUAUAACUCAAGAGCAAGAGGCAUAUUUAAAUCUUACGAUUGGCGAAAUUAAGGAACCGUUAAAUUUUAGAACUUGGUGCGGUUUGUGUGCUGCAGUCGAACGUUUACUCUGCCCAUUUCCUUCAAAAGAAAUUGAUCCACCUACGUGGCUCGAAAGGGUGGAUUUUGAAAGCUUAGAACGAAGACUUAAAUCCACUAACGUGGAUCACAAGCUGGUUCAGUUUUUAAGAGAGAUUUGUAAACGAUAA